AUGAGGCGGAUCCCUCCGUUCCACGAUCGCAGUCCCUAUUCCACGCGCAUCCAACUCAUGAGCUGGUCUCUCUCGGCCCGGGACUUUGUCCUGGGAGUCGUCGUCGGCGCCGUUGUCGCCUUUCUUCUUGGGACGGCUGUGUUUGCUGCCGUGCUCCGCUCAACCAACGGCUACAGCCUGGGUCACUGGAAGCUCAACGUGAGAACCCCCUUGGACUCCAUGUGGAUGAACCUGGGAUACUGGAAAGCCGCAGACGGAAAGCCUGUUCACCACUUCGACGAGGCCUGCCUCGGCCUCCUCACGGAAAUCCUCAAGACAGCCGGACUUCUGGACCAGAAUACGACUUCAGCCUCCCGCACCCUGUCAAUUCUCGACCUCGGUUUCGGAUGCGGGGACCAGACAUGGGCACUGGCUCGCCUCCUCCGGCCCCGAUCCAGCGACCACUUCCGCUAUGUAGGCCUCACUCUGGACGAGUCGCAGCUUCGGACGGCCAUGAGGAAGCUCCACCGCGAGCUCGCAUCGCCUGCAAAUGUCAACCCCGUCCUUGAAAGGGCCUCCUUUCACCUCUACUGCGCCAAUGCUGCCAAGCCCGACUCCUGGACCCCGGCCGCCCGAGGCGCAGUCCAGGGCCUAGCCGACCCCGACCGCACCGACAGAUGGCUUCUCGCCCUCGACUGCCUCUACCACUUCUCACCUUCGCGGAAGCCCAUCUUUCAGUAUGCAGCGUGGAAGCUCGACGCCAACGUCAUGGCCUUUGACCUGAUUCUCAACGAAAAGGCAUCCAGGCGGGACAAGCUGCUCGUGCGCGCUGUCGGGUUGAUGAUGAGCUGUCCCCUCCACACUUUCUUGACCGAGGACCAGUACAGGGCCCAAAUGGUUGAGUGCGGCUACGAUGGAGGUGGUGUUGUCAUCCGCGACAUCUCUGACGACGUAUAUGCCGGCGUCGCCAAUUAUCUUCGGCGGCAGGAAGAGGCGCUCAGCCUGUAUGGCGUAUCGAUCGGCGGCUUCAAGCUGGCUGGGCGAUUGUUCGAUUGGUUCAACAAGUCGAGAGUCGUCAAGGCCUCCAUUGUCGUCGGGCGUAUAAAAGACAAGCCGGAAACCAACAAUCGCUGA